ACCAUACCACCCGCAGCCAUCAUUGACUCGACAGCCAUCAUUGGAGGAAAUGUAUUGCCCCGCAGCAGAGGAUGAAAGCGGUAGCAAUAGAGGUGAUUAGCCUAUUAGAUCUAGAGUAAUUCAUUCGCAGGUGCAAUAGUGAUCCAUUGGAAUAUUGCUCGUGUGUGUAUCAUAGAGUGUGCGUAUUGAGUCAGCCAAUACAACGGCAGUCCCAUAGUCAAGGGAGUCAAGGGUGCGUCUCUGUUUGCCUGUCGGCGGUGGCUGUGCAGGCUGAUGUGACGAGCGCGUGUCGGCCCUUCGCUCUACGUGGCAUCUUCCUUGGCAUUUGCCCCCAGGCUGAACAGAACAAAACCCAAGUGGUGUCGCAUUCAACAGCGGUCGGGCGAAUAGUAACCUGUCCUCCCGGCCCUCUAUCAAAUGAUACGCCAUCUGUGGGGCUCGCUCUGGCGGCCUGGCAGGGCCUCGCUGCAGGCCCAGGCUCAGGCCGUCCUGCAGACGGCCCCAGGCCAGGCUGCUGCUACUCGCUUCUUGUCGCUUUUACCUGCCCGCAACAUUCAGACUAUUGCUCGCACUAUACUCGAAGCUCCUGUCACCUCGCAGAGCGCUUUACGAAAGUUCUUCCCAGGUCUUGCCGGGAAAUUCGCUUCACCUAUAGUGACCCCACUCGGUACCAGCAACGUGGUCGUCAAAUAUGCCCCGCAAAGCAGGAUGUACUCUGGCUGGGCUCGCCCAUCCACAUUCAACGCACCGCCUUUCAGCCGCAUAUUCUCGAAUUCCGCGAGAAUGCCGGGCCGUUUCGCUGGUUUUAACCGGGGCCAGCGCUUUGGCGGAGGAGGUCGUAGGAACUUUACCUCCGGUUUCGCUCAACAAGCGUACACCGCCGGCACGCAGAGCGCGCCCGGAAACGCUUUCAACCUCCUUGCGGGGUUAAAAGUCCUGCCUGGUGCCAUCGCAGAUGAUGUGCAGCAGAAGAAAUCGCGGGACGAUCUUACGCAGCGGAUUAGGGCUAGGGCUAGCGCCCGGAAGCAGAGGUGCCAGCGUGUCCAGCGCCCUGCUGGAGUCUCUGCUCGCGUGAACGCCGUGAAGGAGGCUGCCGUCACUGUUGUCGACGUCGAGGAAGUUGAUGUCAUCUUCAAAAAGGUCGCCCAGAUCACCUCCACCAAGUUGGCCCUUCCCUCCCUCUCCACUGUCCGCCGCGACGGCAAACCCGGCCAGCUCAUCUCCCUCUCCUUCUUUCUCUACGGGCCGCCAGCCUGGGAGAUGGACACGGUCCACCCUGGCCUCAACCAAACCGUCUCACCCACCCUCAUCUCCGAACUCCGCACCCUCGCCAAAUUGCACCACGACCAUCUCCAGGCCGUCGCAGCCACCCUUGAGAAACUGAAAUCCUAUGGAAUCGACGGUAUGAAUGUCGUCGAGGAAGAUGCCGGGAUGUAUGAGCUGAAAGUGCGGUUUCCGGAUGGGUUCUCGAAGAUCAACGUGAUCGAUUUCUUGCUGGUCUUGGGGAUUGAUCCUUGCAGCCCGCAUUUCCGGUUGGAGACGAUCACCUCCGUCGGGGAGAAGGAUGAUGACGUGGGAGCCGUGAACGCUUCCGCGGCCUCACCGUCGUCGUUGGGAUCCGACUACGAUGAUCUCGCAAUGUCUACCUAUUCCUCAUCUUUCCCGUGGCCGAAAGCCCAUAGUCCCUCCUCUUCGUAUCACGCCGCUGUGAACACCCUUCCGGCAUCGGUACCGCAGUCGCCCACGGAGUUCCUGCAUUUCGUCGAUGACUUGAUGGGGAGUCGAGGCCGAUUGUUCCAAAUGGAUGAUUAGCGUGUUUUUUCCACAAAGUUUUUGGCAGUGCGUUACACUGCGUGGCCCAUUGCCGAUAACCUCCUCUCUUUUUGUGCGUAGUAAUUUCUCUUCCUCUUUUGGUGUGUAUAAGCUCAUCGGAUCCAAUAUAAGUUACAUGGAAAUAAAGAUAU